UUCUUUAUAAAGGGUAAGUUUUUUCCAGUUUCUCUCAGCCAUUGCUCAAUUCUUGUUCCUUCUUCCCAAUGGCUAGCACAAAAUCACAUUUUAGUUUCACUUUGAUUCUCUUUGGUGUAUUUACAUUAGCUACCCUGGAUUUUACAGGUGCUCAAACAGGAGUUUGUUAUGGAAGGCUAGGGAGUGGAUUACCAUCUCCAGCAGAAGUUGUGUCACUAUGCAACCGAAACAACAUUCGGAGGAUGAGAAUAUACGAUCCUCACCAGCCGACUCUCCAAGCGCUCCGAGGCUCCAACAUUGAGGUCACACUAGGUGUCCCGAACACGGACCUUGAAAAUGUCGCUGCUAGCCAAGCCAAUGCAAAUACUUGGAUCCAAAACAAUGUCAAGAACUAUGGUAAUGUCAAGUUCAGGUAUAUAGCAGUGGGAAAUGAAGUUAGUCCCCUAAAUGAAAACUCUAAGUAUGUACCUGUCCUUCUCAACGCCAUAAGGAACAUUCAAACUGCAAUUUCUGGUGCCGGUCUUGGAAACCAGAUCAAAGUUUCCACAGCUAUUGAAACUGGACUUACUACAGACACCUCUCCUCCAUCAAAUGGGAGAUUCAGAGAUGAUGUUCGACAAUUUAUCCAACCUAUCAUCGACUUGCUCAAGACGAAUAGCGCCCCUUUGCUUGUCAACCUUUAUCCUUAUUUUGCAAUAGCAAACAAUCCAGAUAUUAAGCUUGAGUAUGCACUUUUUACAUCCCCUGAAGUUGUUGUCAAUGAUAACGGAAGAGGAUACCGAAACCUUUUUGAUGCCAUCUUAGAUGCCACAUACUCGGCCCUUGAAAAGGCUGGGGGCUCAUCUUUGCAGAUUGUUGUAUCGGAGAGUGGUUGGCCUUCAGCUGGAGCAGGACAGUUAACAUCCAUUGAAAAUGCCAGAACUUAUAACAACAAUUUGAUUCAGCACGUGAAGGGAGGGAGCCCUAAAAGGCCUUCUGGGCCAAUAGAAACCUACGUUUUCGCUCUGUUUGAUGAAGAUCAGAAGAAGAAUGGUGAAAUUGAGAAGCAUUUUGGACUAUUUUCAGCAAACAUGCAACCAAAGUACCAGAUCAGUUUUAACUAGUUAAAAAGAAGAGAGCAUUAAAAGGAAUAAGGACUUUCCUCUGUAUGUAUGUAAUCCUGAAUAACAUUCCAGCUUCAAGAGAAAGUAGCCUAUUGGCAAUAUGUACUGAAAUCAUCAAGCUCAUAAAGAAAGCAAUUAUUACAAUAAUGAAAUACCUUUCUUUUCACUUCUGGCUUUAUCUGUCGUUACAUAAGAGGAGCCUAGGAGAAACGGUAAAGUUGUCUCCGUGUGACGUAUUGGUCACGGGUUCGAGUCGUGGAAUCAAUUGCUGAUGCUUGCGUCAAUGUAGGCUGCCUAUGUCACACCCCCUUGGGGUCCGGCCCUUCCUCUGACCCUAUGUGAACGCGGGAUGCUUCGUGCAUCGAGCUAUUUUUUUUUUUUUUUUUUAACCUUGUGUAUCACAAGAUCCUUUUUUUCGCAUUUGGUUGGCUCAAAUUCCAUUGUUUCAACCAGGAAUCGAAAACUUAAACUAGCUUGUAAGAUUAUUAUUCAAAGAAAUUUAGUUGAAUAGAGGAAGUACCUUGGCUUGAACGAUGAAUCAAGAGAAAGAAGGACAUCGGAAUGUAGCCUGGCACGGGAGUAAAUCUAUAUGUAAAAUUGAAAGUAAAAUGUUUACAGGAGAAAACCAUCAAACGAAACCAACCAUCACUACCUCCAACAGACUCAAACUCUCUGAAGCACACAAAAUUAGGCAAAAACAAACAAAAAGGAGAUAUUUUGAACUAUUUAUAUAUAUGAUGUCUGUAAGAGUAUAAAAUCAGAAAACAAAAACAAAAAAACAAAAAAUGCUUC